AACUGCCACAAACCCUAUGAAAGAGCUUCGUCUCGAGAAGCUCUGUCUCAACAUUUGUGUUGGUGAAUCUGGAGAUAGACUCACUCGUGCUGCCAAAGUGCUCGAACAAUUGACUGGUCAGCAGCCCGUCUUCUCCAAGGCCCGUUACACUGUUCGUACCUUUGGUAUUCGUCGUAACGAGAAAAUCUCUGUCCAUUGCACUGUUCGCGGUCCCAAGGCUGAGGAAAUUCUUGAGCGUGGCCUCAAGGUCAAGGAGUAUGAGCUCAAAAAGAGCAACUUCUCUCAGACUGGCAACUUUGGCUUUGGUAUCCAAGAGCACAUUGAUCUUGGAAUUAAAUACGAUCCUUCGAUUGGCAUUUACGGUAUGGAUUUCUAUGUCGUUAUGGGCCGUCCAGGACUCAAGAUCGCCAACAAGAAGCACAAGCGUGGACGUGUUGGUGCACCCCACCGUGUUACCAAGGUUGAGACUGAGAACUGGUUCAAGAAGAGAUUUGACGGAAUCCUCCUCAAAAAAUAA